CACGCCGACGACAUGUACAAGCUUGUUCUGGUCCUGGCCGCAGCUGCCUGCUGCGUGAGCGCUGCCCCCAAGGCCGGCCUCGCACCUCUGGCCUACUCCGCCCCCCUGGUGGCGGCCGCCCCCGUGGCCUACGCCGCCCCCGCGCCAGCCGUCGUGACGGCGCACAGCUCGCAGUACAUCGCGCAGAACUUCAACGGACUCGCCGUGGCCGCCGCCGGCCCCGUCGUCGCCGCCGCCCCUGCUGUCGCUGCCGCGUACCACGCCGCGCCCGCCGUUUAUUUCAGAUAA